AUGACUGAGCAGGGAGUGCUGUCCGAAGACGAGGGCGUCUCGGCCAUCUACAUCAAGAAGCUCUCCCACACCAUCCGCGACGGCGAUCCCAUCAGGGCGGUUAAUCGCUCGAUCUGCGUGGCCACAGACGGCAAGACGGCUGGCUUCACGCUGCCCAACCCGGAAAGCCAUGAGAAGUUAAUGAGGGGGGCAUCACUUGUCCAGUAUCCAUGA